AUGGGUGAGGGGGAGGCGGCGGAGGUGAAGGGCGGGGUGCUGCAGGGCCGCUACGAGCUGGGCCGCGUGCUGGGGCACGGCAACUUCGGGCGCGUCCACGCGGCGCGGGACCUGCGCACCGGGCGCGGCGUGGCGGUGAAGGUGCUCGUCAAGGACAAGGUGCUGCGCGCGGGCAUGAUGGAGCAGAUCAAGCGCGAGAUCGCCGUGAUGAAGCGCGUGUCCCACCCAAACAUCGUGGAGCUCCACGAGGUGAUGGCCACGCGCUCCAAGAUCUACCUCGCGCUCGAGCUCGUCCGCGGCGGGGAGCUCUUCACGCGGAUCGUGCGCGCCGGCCGCGUCAAGGAGGACCUCGCGCGCCGCUACUUCCGCCAGCUCAUCUCCGCCGUCGACUUCUGCCACGCGCGGGGCGUGUACCACCGCGAUCUCAAGCCGGAGAACCUCCUCAUCGACGAGGCCGGGAACCUCAAGGUCGUCGACUUUGGCCUCAGCGCGCUCGCCGACCACGCGCGCAGCGACGGGCUGCUGCACACGCUCUGCGGCACGCCGGGGUACGUCGCGCCGGAGGUGUUCCGGAACAAGGGCUACGACGGCGCCAAGGCCGACAUCUGGUCGUGCGGCGUCAUCCUCUACGUUCUCCUCGCCGGGUCGCUACCGUUCCCGGAGGACAACAUCGCCGCCAUGUUCAGGAAGAUGAGCCGCGGCGACUACCGGUGCCCGCCGUGGCUGUCUACCGAGGCGCGCAGGCUCAUCCCCAAGCUGCUCGACCCCAACCCCGACACCCGCAUCACCAUCGCCCAGAUCGUCGAGAUGCCGUGGUUCAACAAGCCGUCCAUCGGGAAGCCCGUCAAAGCAGCCGCCGCCGCCGAGCCGCCGGCCGAGCCUGUCUGCUCCGCAAAGGACGGCGGCGACAAGGACGAGCCGCCGGAGACGCUGAACGCGUUCCACCUGAUUUCCCUCUCCGCGGGGUUCGACCUCUCGCCGCUGUUCGAUGUGGAAGGCAGUCCCUCCGCAAGGAGCCACCGGGAGGGCGGCAUGCGGUUCGCGACGCGGGAGUCCGCGAGCGGCGUUGUCUCCCGUCUCGAGGAGGUGGCCGCCCGCGGCGGCGGGCGGAUGCGGGUGACCAAGAGCGGCGCCCGCGGCGUGCGGCUCGAGGGCGCGGAGCGCGGGGGCCGCAAGGGCCGCCUAGCCGUGGCGGCCGACAUCUUCAGCGUGGCGCCGUCCGUGCUCGUGGUCGACGUCAAGAAGGACGGCGGCGACACGCUCGAGUACCGCUCCUUCUGCAGCGAGGAGCUCAGGCCGGCGCUCAAGGACAUCGUCUGGGCGGCCGACCCCCAGCCCGCCGCCACCGCCGUCGUGUGA